GUUUAAGGAUUUUACAUAAUAUGGUUCAGGAAGUUAAUACCACGUUUCUUAUCACUUCUCCACUGAACUGGACGUAAAACUAGGAGGCAUGUCGACUAGUUUGAAAGUGAAGGAAUCGGCAUGGUGCAAAAAAGGAAGUGAAGAAGUGGAACCGGUGGUGUCAUUUGCUGAAAUAAUGAGUGAGGAGUUAGCAGAGCAACUUGAGGAAGAAGAUGCAAAUGUUCUCGACCCGUCCAUAGCACAAUACGGUUUGAGCCCCAGUGAACUGCUGCAAUGUAAGAAUGACCUAGAACUUGCCAGAAAACUGCAGGAAGAGUUUGAUCGGGAAUAUGAAAUGAGUUUGAAGUUGGCGAAAGGCGAAGCAACUGGAACAAAGAUUGAAUUCGGGUUUGUUCGCUACCAUCCUUCGUACAAUAGCGAUUAUGAUUUGGAGGAGGAACUGAGUGAAGACGAUGAAGAUUUGCGAGAAAUCGCUAUUGAUUUUGUUUACUCAAGGACAAAAGAUGAGUUUCCGCCGAGUGGUUACAUGCGUAAUGCUUCGGGGCAUUUAAUUACAAAGCAUGAUAAAGAAAUCGCUGAGAGACGUAAUUCUGAAAAAGUGAUGCAUCUGCCUAUUAAUAUUCCCACUGGCGAUGUAGUCGGUGAAAGGCUGAGUAACAGAGUUUACAAUAAACUGCGUAACUACGGCAAAGUUGAUCAGAGGAGGAAUGCUCGUGAGAAGGAUAAGGAUGAAAAAGCAACGAAUGAAUUAAGCAUGGACAAGGUCACUCGCUUGAUAAUCUAUAGAUUUAUCACUUCUGGUCUUUUCGAUGUGAUCGAAAAUGUUAUUGCAACGGGCAAGGAAUCGAUAGUUUUGCAUGCAACAGCACACGAUGGAAUGCGACUUCUGGAAGAAAGACAUUGUGCUUUGAAAGUUUACAAAAUGACGUUGUCGGAGUUCAAGAAUAGAUCGGAAUAUGUCCAAGAUGAUUAUCGCUUCAGAAAUCCACGACGAGUAUUGCGGAUUUGGGCUGAAAAGGAGUACACGAAUUUGAAUCGAAUGGUACGAGGAGGUGUGAAAUGUCCGAAACCGAUCCGUCUUAGGAAACAUAUCAUGAUUAUGACAUUCAUUGGCUCCAAUGGUAUUGCAGCCCGUAAACUGAAGGAUAUCGAAUGGAGUGAUCAGGAAAUUAUUUAUAAUACAUUUUUGCAAGUGAAAGCGGAAAUGAUUAAAAUGUUUACGAAUUGCAAUCUCGUACACGGUGAUCUCAGCGAAUUUAAUGUCCUUUAUCAUGAAAGUGAUGUUUACAUUAUUGAUGUCUCACAGGCGAUGGACAUUUCGCAUCCUCGAGCAUUGUUUUUCCUAUUGCGUGAUGUCGACAAUGUUUUAGAAUUUUUCGCGAAAUUGGGUGCCAAGAACUUACCAUCAGCAACUGAGCUGUUCAACGAAAUAACUGGUCUAAAUAUGGAUCCAGAAGAAAAUCUCGCAGUGCAGGUCGAACAUUUUGAAAAAGAUAAUCGCAAUGUUCAAUUACGCUGCGACAAAGCAAAUCCAGCUGACAUGGAAUUGCGUUUAUAUGAUGCUGAAGUUGCAGAAACACAUAAUGACCCAGCAGAACCAUACAAUUAAACGUCAUAUUUUUUAGUUUAUUUCCAGUUUUUUACAACAGUUCUACAAAGUCCUGCGGUUAGGAAUUUUCUUGGCUUUGAUGGAGGGAUAACCGAUCAUUUCGAGAAUAAUUACGCUACACUGAAUACAUCAAGAAAAAAAAAAGUAACCGAAAUCUAAUGUAUCUCAGCUUGUAUGUUCUUUGCAUUUGGAAUUUAGAAAAAUUUUUAUUAGUCGCUAAAAACCGAUUUGACGCUAUUUUCCCUAUGUUAACUCCUUAAACGAUAGGAAUUGUUAAGACUGCAGCUCCCUCUGCUUUUGUCGCAAAACAACAAAAUUAUUAGUCAGGGUGUGUUUUGUCAUGUCUUUUCGUAUGCACAAUUAUCGUAUCGUUUCUGAAUGCUGAAAUUGGAUUUUGAUGUAUGCAUAAUUGGAUUUACUACUGUGAUAUAUAUAUUUCAUACACAAAAACCUAUCGAUUUAAUCAAGUGCACUGAUCAGCAUGACACUUUGGUCUGGUUUAUACUUAUUAAGGUGAGAAAAAGCAGGUAGAAUGCGGGAGUUUUGCUGCUUGAAACAUAAAGCACUGACAUUUCAAAUCGUUAACCUUCGAACAGUUUAACUUAAACCAA